CUUGGACAAUCGUAUAUAUUGAAGACUAUCAUUGAAAGUGAUGAAGAGCAAAUUAUGGAGGCAUAUGAUAAAGGUCUCGAGUGUUUGAAACAAGCUUAUAAGCUUGAUCCAGAUAAUGAAAAUUUGAGAGAGCAAUUGGAAACACUUGGUGCCCUUAUUAAGGAUGACAACGUAGAAUAUUUUGGAUGA